CUCAAUUUACGUAGAUGGAACUGUAGCUCUUAUCGUAUUAUCUUUUCUCACUAAACACAUGGUAUUAUGUAUCUGAAGUGAUUAAUUAAUCAUGGUAACAGAAAUAUUAGAAUCCUACUCCAUUUACAUUGAAGAGAGUUGUACAUUCCUUUUAUACUAGUUAUAAUUUAUUUUAUUGGCGAGAGUUAUCAUAAAAAACAUUAUUGUAAAUUUCAAUAGUACCUUCAAUAUAAUUUACAUAAUUUUACAGUAUAUUAUAAUAUAUUGCCUGCAAACGCAAUGAAAUAUAUAAUGUUGAUAUAAGAAUUCAUCUUACAAUAUUUCUAAAUAAUUCGUUACCUUGUGCCUAAAAACAUUUAGCACUGCUAUUUUACAUAUAUUUGCUUCUAUCUAAAUAGAUAAAUAGAGAAAUAGUGUGGCAGUUCAGAAACACAAAAAAGAACUACGGAAUAGUAUAAAUGACAAUUUACAGUGAAUAUGGAACAAAAUCAUCAAGAAAUAUUUAUCGUGUGCUAAUAAUUCUGGCUUUAGCUAUUCAGACUUGUAAAACAUGGCAUUACUUAAAGAAUGGAUUCCAUCCUGACCUGCGAAGUAAACAGCUUUUGAGUGAUGAACAGAAAAUACGCUAUUCAACUAUUGGUACCUUUGGAAAUAAGAACAAGAUGCCAAACAUAGUUUUAAUACUGACUGAUGACCAAGAUGUUGAGCUUGGUUCAUUAAACUUCAUGCCAAAUACCUUAAAACUUAUACGAGAUAGAGGCGCGGAGCUACGUCACGCUUAUGUUACCACUCCAAUGUGCUGUCCAAGUCGAAGUUCACUCCUAACAGGACGUUAUGUCCACAAUCAUCAAGUUUUUACUAACAAUGAUAACUGCAGCAAUUCGGAAUGGCAACAUGAUAACGAGCCGUACACAUUUGCAACUUAUUUAAGUCACGCCGGCUAUCAUACAGGUUACUUCGGCAAAUAUUUGAAUAAAUAUGAUGGAUCAUACGUGCCUCCAGGCUGGCGAGAGUGGGGUGGCCUUAUAAUGAACUCACGUUAUUAUAACUACAGUAUCAACAUAAAUGGCAAAAAAAUCAAACAUGGUUUUGACUACAAUAAAGAUUACUAUCCCGAUUUGAUAGCUAACGAUAGUGUGGCUUUUAUCAGACAGAGUAAACACAUACUUUCACAAAAGCCAAUGAUGCUUGUUGCCAGUUUUCCGGCACCACAUGGCCCUGAAGAUUCUGCCCCUCAAUAUUCUGACUUAUUUUUCAAUGUUACUACACAUCAUACACCAGUAUAUGAUUAUGCACCGAAUUUAGAUAAACAAUGGAUUCUUCAGGUAACGCAAAAAAUGCAGCCAAUUCACAAGCAAUUCACUGAUUUUCUUAUGACAAGACGGUUACAAACUCUUCAAAGCGUUGACGCGGCUGUUGAAAAAAUUUGUCAGGAACUCCAGAUUUUGAAUGAACUGGAAAAUACAUACAUAAUCUAUACUUCAGAUCAUGGAUAUCAUUUGGGUCAAUUUGGUCUUGUUAAAGGAAAAAGUUUUCCAUUUGAAUUUGAUAUCAGGGUGCCUUUUUUGAUUCGAGGACCUGAUAUUGAGCUAGGAUCAAUAAUAGAUCAAGUCGUAUUAAAUAUUGACUUAGCACCAACUUUUUUGGAUAUAGCUGGAGUUGAAAUACCCUCCAGAAUGGAUGGACGUUCAUUCAAGAACCUAUUUCUCAAUAAUAAUAUUGGACAACGUUUAAAACGAGAAUGGCCUGACACUUUCUUAAUUGAAUCAUCUGGUAAACGUGAAAUGACAUUAUUCCAAUCACCAUCAAUAUCCCAAAUUGCACAAAUGUCCAACCUGCUAUAUCAGAAACAUAGCACUUCAAAUAUCAAAUAUAAAAAUAUAUCCAAAGCAGAAAUAAUUAAUAGUCGCAUCAAACAGAACUAUUGUGAUCAGUAUAAUAUAAAUUUCAAAUUAAAGACAAAUCAAUCAACAAAGAUUUCAGAAAAAUAUAUUAAGUGGAUCAUUUGCAAACAGUACCAAAGUUUUCUACAGUAUCGAUGUCAAUCACAAAGGAAAAGUUACUCUUGUUCUACACCUACAGGUUUUUUCUACACACGUAUUCGCGACAACUAUUCAACCGGACCAUACUAUUUGUUUAAUAAUGAAGAUGAAUUUUCACUCUACUCAGGUAAAGUAUUAAACAAUCACUGCUAG